CGCGUUGUCCCACUCGUUUUGCUGUUGCAAACUUACGCUCUUUUACGCCCACCCGUACUCCAGCCACUUGUUUAAUCACUUACGAAAGCCUCGCUACACCAUAUCCUAAUCCCUGUCCUCGUAUUACGGAAGAUCCAUCGUUUAAAAGUGCGAUAUGCGUCAAUCAACUGCCAUUCUCUCCAUCCUAGCAAGCUCUGUCAGCGCAUCCGAUGUUGUCAGCUUCUACUUCCCUGGCGGCUACGAGGGCCUUGACCCUGUCGCGACCAUAAAUACGGUCAAUCCCACAAUGACUGAAUUCCGCAUGGCAUGCCCAACCAAUGUCGACAGCGCAGACUGUGGCUGGGGCCCCGGCCUGGAUGCAACUAUCCUCUCGCAAACGCGCUACCAAGCCACCAUGGAUUUCGAGAGUGUCUACAUGAGCCUGGGCUGCGAUUACAACAAGAAAAAGGUCGAGAUGAUGUGCACAGUGAGCCAGAAGGGCGGAAACGAUGAUACUGGCGGCAAAGCCGUCACCGCAUCAUUCACUGGUGAUGAUGUCAAAUUCCUGACUGUUACUGUCGUUGCAGGAAACACCUUGUUGAGCACGAAGGCAAGCACGACACCAACUGCGUCAGCUACAGCAGAGAGCGUUCCCAAGUCCAGUUCUAUCGUCACAUCCACAAGCAGUGCGAAAUCAAGUCUGGCGACACCUAGUAGGACUGCUAGCGCGACCAGCAGCAGUGGUAGUAGUAACAGUAGCAGCAGCAGCAUGGUUUUCAGCUCUAGUGUCGAGAGCACCCCCACGCCUAGCGGUUCAUCUGCGGCGCCACCCGAGAGCACGGGUGCCGCUGCCAGGUACAGUGUCGGGGGCUCUGCGCUACUCAUGCUCGCUGGUGCGGUCGCAUUGAAUAUAUGGUGAGCAUCUUAGUAGACGCCUUAACUCCAAUGCCCACUAUCGACGUCUUGAAUCAUUAACGGAAGUAUGGGGGCCCCUCGCACUUGAUUAGGACCAUAAUACGAACUACGCUCGACGAACAAUGUCCAAAACCUACUAUAAAACAGUGCACUGGAAUGCUAAUCGUAUCAAAAUCCGC